UCACUGCCUGCGCAGCUCCGGCCGCUCGGCUCCGCGUCCGAGUCUCCUGGAACGAUUUGUGGAGGUCUUACAAGAUGGCGGACAUUGACAACAAAGAACAGUCUGAACUUGAUCAAGACUUGGACGAAGUUGAAGAGGUAGAAGAAGAAGAAGCGGGUGAAGAGACAAAAAUCACAGCGCGUCAGCUAACUGUUCAGAUGAUGCAGAAUCCUCAGAUUCUUGCAGCCCUUCAGGAAAGACUUGACGGUCUGGUAGACACACCAACAGGAUACAUUGAAAGGUACAAGCUCUUUUUUUUCUUCUCCCUUCCUUAUUUAUCUUCUAUAAAAAGCCAUCUGAGUUUAUCUAUGUGAUCCUGGAGAGCUAAU